UCAUCAUAAAUCUUCACUUCUUAUAUGAUGUUGGGUUCUUGAGCUAGCCGAUACAUGAGUUUUGGUCUGUAGAGACUUUUCUAUUAGUCGUUUAAUCUUCUUCAAGUAUAUAUGCUUUUAACUGUUAUUUCAACCCCCCACAAAGCUAUAAACAUUGAAGAUUGAAGUGAUUUCAAUGGGAUUGAAUUUAAUUGUUUAGUUCCCGACUUCCAGUUAUAAUUACCAAUUCUUUUCUCAGUAUAUUUAAUUUUACAAUGCAUAAAUUUUUGCUGUGGACAACAGCUUAAUUUGGAUCAAAGUCUUUAAAUUAUCAUUUUACUUAAUGAAAAUGGGUAUAUUCUGGAAAUAAUUAAGUUCCAGUAGAAGAGAAUUCAAAAAAGGCUAUGUGUCUUUGUUCUUUUAUUGAAUAAAAAUAUGUUGCACUCUUAACGUGAGCACUGCUUAUACAAGGAUUUAUAUAAAAUAAAGAAAUUAACAACUCUGCAUUAUGUCCAUAAGAACUCUAUUGCUGAAUGGAAUGCAUCUGGACUUGAAUUUGAUCAGAUCCGAUAGUGCUGGUGAUUCAUGCGUGAUCUUCUCAUCUUGUUGGACUAUCUUUUUGGUUUGAAUUCGUUGACCCGAAGUCUUCUUGAUCACUCAAAUUUUCUACUGAUUUUUAGAUCAUUGUGAGGAUUUUCAUCCUUAUCACUCCGAGAUUUCUGGGCCUCUUAAUCACUCCUUAGAUCCUUAACGAUUUUGUUGCCAGGCUGUAAGACAUUGCUAACACCAGUAUGGGUAUUUUAUCUUGGAAUAAUAUGUUCUCUGUUGCAAGAAGAUCAAAAGUCAAGUCAAGUACUGGACUGUUCAUUUCUUCUCCCUUAAGAAUUCUUGCCUUAAAAGGAAGUUGCUAAAGAUAAUGGACCAAACAUGUACGGAUACACCUUUAACUUACUUAAGACUUCUCUUCUACUUGAUUUUCUCCACUCUCUGUUCUCUGAAUCUUCAUUGAACUCUUCUCCAGCCACAGUAGCUUGGUGAUCACCAGAUUUUAUUCAGUAUUUGAACAAAGCAAGAUUUGAAAGCAUAUACCCAAUGACUAAGGAACAAGCAAAAGCAAUUAGCUUGAAGGCCUUGGUGGAUAAAGAGAACAAUAGAGUUAUAUUUGUGGAAUCAGAUGAGGAUUUUACUGAUGUUCUGUUUAGCUUCUUGACAAUGCCCAUGGGAACAAUUAUCAGGCUUAUGUCUAAUCAUAAUCAACCACCAACAAUAGGGACAGGUUGCAUGAACAAUUUGUAUGAAAGCAUUAAGAACCUUGACAUGCAGUGUUUCUUGAGUGAAGAAUGCAAGACCAUGUUGCUAUGCCCCAGAAAUGCUGCUGCACCUCAGAACAAGAGACUAAAAUUGCAAGUUGACGAUGGUGAGGUGCCGAGUUACUUCUUGUGCCCUAAGGAUUGUACCUUUUAUAAGCACAAUUUACUGAGUCUCUACCCUAAUGCUGUUUGCAAAUGUGGGCAGCUCAUGGAUAGGACGAUCAAGUUGUCAGAUGCUCAAGAUAGAGGAGUGUUUGUUAAAGGACGGACCCAAUUUAUAAUAAGUGAUGAAUUACAAGUAAAGCCCUCAUCAAUAGAAGCAAGCCUUUCUGUGGUGUCCAAGCUAGGUCUCAUGGACUUUAGCGCCGUUGAGGAGUACAACAUCAACAUAGGAGUAGAUGAGGUUCUCACUUUGCUCAAGUGUUCACUGGUGUCAAAGAAACCUUUGACAGAAACUUUGUUGAAACAAAAUUCAGCACCAAAGUUCGGCAAAGAAGAUUCUGAUCAGCACAUCUAUGUUGAAUCUACAAUAGAAGAAUCAGAAUCAAAUGUGGAUGGGAAAAUUCAUGUAAAGCUUAUCAUCAGUAAAUCCAAGAAAAUGGUUUGCUUUGCCGAAACAAGUGGAGAAUUUGUUGAUUUAGUCUCCAGUUUCCUAACUGUUCCACUUGGUUAUAUAAUAAAAGAAAUGCAGAGUAGCAUUUCAAAAGGAUCCUUAACUCACCUGUACAAUAGUGUCCAGGAACUCGAUGCUGAGAAAUACUUGAAAUCUAAUGAGCACAAGGAAAUGCUCAUCAGUCCGAAGCUCGCCCCUGAUUUUAGCCAUGAGAACAAUCCUUUAGGCAUUGAAGAAGGUUUGCACCCAACAUACUGUGUUAGAGAAUCUUAUAGUGAACCAACUGGUUAUUAUUUUCAACUGACUUCUGAUGGUCAAAUUCCUUCUGGAUCUACUUUGAGAAGUUCAAUUUUAACUGUCAAGGGUCCUAAGUCUCAUUUUAAAGAAGCCACAAGAGGAGGAUUUGUGACUGGACCAACAAUGUUUACCGUAACUGAUAAUCUGGUCAUCACACCCAUGUCUCAAGUCCAAAGUCUGUGUCUUCUGAAAGAGUUGAAAGUAUCUGUCAGCGAUAUUGAGGAGCGUGUUGUGCAUGUGGGCAGUGAGAAGGCUUUGCGUCUAUUGGUGGCAUCUUUUGUAUCUGAAUCUGCUCUAACCAAUACCUUUUUGAGAGAGCCAAUUCCAAUACAGUCAGGAUAAUCUUAUUUCAGCUAAAAUAUGAAAUGUUGUUCAUGUGAAACCUAUUUAUAUAUUGUGUUGAAAUUUGUGUUUGUACUCUGGUAUGCUCUUAGACCAGAGGGUAUUGCAUGUAAAUAUAUUACUCCAAAGGAUUUGCAUUGUAUUGGCAAUUUUGAGUUUGCUUUGUGUGUACCAUCUCUCUUUCUCACAAACACACAAGACAAAACUAUGUUUUUCUUCUAAUAUGCACAAAUUGAGAAACAGGACAUUUGCGUUACAACUUUCAGGUUUUUAUG